UGGUCGCGCGCGAAUCAAGCGUAACACUAACAUGAUGGCUUAACUCUAAUUCGGCUAUUCUUCGUGUCUUCCUUCACCGACUUACGCCAAAACCAGACAUUGGCAAGCAUGCCAACGUCUACUAGAUCGUAAUGUCAACGUCGGCAUUGCCUACAUCUCGCUACUUUGUAACACAGCUGCUCAACUCACUACCGUCAUUUCAGCGGGAUAAUGCGGAACAAACCCCGCUUAGCGAUGUGCCAGAGCCGGUGAAGAAGCAGCUGCUCUCGCUGCAGGUCUUGUUUCCCAACGAGUUCCUGCCAGCACUAGAUCUCCUUGACCGGAAGCUUGUCACUCGCUUCAGGAUCGACAUUCAAGCGUCGAGCCCUGCCAUGCCAGUAGCUCAAGACGUGCAGAUGCAAGAUCUCCGCGAACCAUUACGUGAGGCGACCGGACCUGUUACACCUGGACGUCCCGCAGCAUCUGAGACUCCUUCCAAUGACAUCGACACAGUCCACUACGUCCGCUCCGCCCAACAACGCUCCUCCCGCUUCAGCACAUCUUACGACAGCACUGCGUCCUACGAAGUCCGCCUGCGCGCGUGGAAUUGCACAUGUCCUGCUUUCGCCUUUGCUGCGUUUCCGCCAAUGCAUCCGGAGCCUGCUGUGCCUACAUACACACCUCCGUCCCCCACUGGAGACGAUGCUCUGCAAGAUGAGGAUAGUGGAGCGGAGAAGGUGGAUGAUCUGGAGUGGAUGUUCGGUGGUGUGAGUCUAAGUGACGGUAUGCCGCCGGUAUGUAAGCACUUACUUGCCUGUGUGCUGGCGGAGAGGUGCAGUGGUGUUCUUGGAGAUUGUGUGGAGGAGAGGAGGGUUAGUAUGGAGACGGCGGCUGGGUGGGCCGCGGGAUGGGGAGACUCAUGAUUAUUCACAGGACGUGUAUGUUUAGAGCUCUUCAGGUUCGGGACAGAUUGCUGCAUGAGAUGCUAUACCCUGCCGUAGCAGCACGGCUUGUAAGUUCAAUUGACAGGACACUCCAUACAUCAUAAGC